ACUACCCGUGAUGAUUUUUUUUUCUGAUCACCUAUAUUAUUAUCUUUUAGAUUUUAGAAUAAGAAGACUUUUAUUGUACAGCAUAUUGAAUAUUACACACAAAAUAAAUUGAAAACAAUCAUUUGUGUCUUAUAAACAUCAGUUGGAAAAAUAUUGGUUAAGAAUUUCGCGAAUGUUAUACCUACUGCACUUAUAAAGUUGAUAUUUAUUAAAAAAUAUUGUUAUAAUACAGUUUACCUUCUUUCUAUCUCAAAUCCCUCAAGUUCUCGAAAAUGCAUGGACGAUUAAAGAUUCGCACUACAGAAGAAGAAAAGGCAAAAAAAGAGAGAGAGAGGCAAGAAAAGCUUAAAAUUUUCAAACAUGCAAUGCAAAAAAUCCAAAAUAAAAGAAAGCAAGGAGAACUGGACGAGGAACAGUUAAAUCUUACUGGAAAUGUUUUAAGCUCAAAUCCUGAUAUUUACACUUUAUGGAAUAUAAGAAGAGAAAUUCUUACUGACUUCAGGAAUAAUAAAACUGAAGAAGAAAUUUCGAAACUCUAUGAUGCUGAAUUAAGUCUCACAGAAUAUUGCUUAAAAAUAAAUCCAAAAUCUUAUUGUGCCUGGCAUCAAAGGGAGUGGGUUCUUACAACCAGGUCCGAUCCAGAUUGGAAAAAAGAGCUUGCAUUAUGCAAUACUUACUUAAAAUUAGAUGAGAGAAAUUUUCACACAUGGGAUUAUAGAAGAUUUGUUGUGAGUCAAUGUAAGCCAUCUCUAAAAGAAGAAUUUGAUUAUACUACAGAAAAAUUACAUGAUAACUUUUCAAACUAUUCUGCUUGGCAUUAUAGAAGUAAGAUGUUGCUGCAAUUAUAUCCAGAUUUAGAAGGAGGAAGACCUAUACAAGAUAAUCAUCAUAAACAUGAACUGAAAAUGGUGUUAAGUGCUGCAUUUACUGACCCAGAUGACACAAGUGCCUGGUUUUACCAGAGAUGGUUAUUAGGUGCUGUAAAAAUUACUACUGAAGUAGUAGUAUGCACGGUAACUGCAUUAAAGACAUCCAUUGCCUUUAAUCAUACUGUUUCUAUUGAUUAUGUAGAUUCUAAAGUUAAACUAUUUAUAAAUGAUGUCAAAGUAGAUGGGGAAUGGUUUUCAUGUACUGGCUGUGAAAAUGAUGAUCUGUGGAUCUUUAAGAACAACCAAAUAAUUACUGAUAAGCUAAUUAUUAAGUUAGAGCAUAGUGUAAGUGAUGAUGAAAAAGAAGUUAUACAACUUGAAGAGUGCAAGCCAAGCUAUUAUGUUGGAAAGAAUAAAAUCAACUUUCAAAACAAGUAUUCUGUAUCUGUGUUAGAAGAACUGAAUGAGCAGUUAGAUGCAUGUCGUCAAUUACUUAUUCUAGAACCUGACAACAGAUGGACUCUUCUUACAACUACCUUCUUUUUGCAAUGCAUCGAUUCAAAAGCGUAUCACAAAGAAAUCAUUGGCAAUCUGGAUUUGUUAAUGAAACUUGAUAAACAAAGAGCAGGUUAUUACUGUGACCUGAAAUCUAAAUGGUUGAUAGAAUUUAUGCUUACAGAAGACUACAUGAAGAUGAACCUUGAUUAUAAUGUUGCAUUUAAAAAUCUUACUAGCUUACCUCAUUUGGUAUACUAUAGCUAUUGUGAAGAUGUAGACCUUUCAAAUCAAAGCCUCACUUCCAAAGUAUUACCAAGCCUCGUAAAAUUACAACACUGUAAGAAACUUAAUUUAUCUAACAACAAAUUAACAACAUUAAAUGGAUUCCCAUUACUACAGUUGGAAGAACUCAAGGUUAUAGAAGGAAAUAAUUUAAAUACAGAAGAUAUAGAACAAUUUAAAAAGAAACAUGAUUACAUAAAACUAAUAGUUUAAUACAUGGUACAGAUUUUGUACUAUAAUUUUUACCACAUUUUAUAAUCAGAUCUUUGAAAUUGUAUUAUUUUUAAUGUCUAAAAUUAAUGCGUGGUAGUGUGAAUUCUUUAUUUGGUCUUUUAAACAUGCUGCCUACUUGAUUAUGAAAUCUACAUACCAUUUUUACUUUUGUAUAUGACAGACGAAUUAAAUUAAUAAUGGUGGCCUUAUUAAUUACAGUAACAAUGCUUAAAAAAUAUGUUA